UUUCUAUGCAGGUAGUAAAUGGCAGAGCCGACAAGGCUCCGUUCGUCUGGCUCCCCACACUGCCCCUCCCUGCUCCUGCCGUGCUUGCUGAAUCAGUCAUCUAUUUAUGCCCCGUAUGUCUAUGUUAUCUCCAGAUUUUUGUGCUUUUCUUUGUAGAGUAGAAACAUUUACAAAACAUUCGAAGUUGUUCUAAAACCCUGAAGUACACUAUUGUAAUUUAGUCUGUUGAAAACAGGGAGUCCCCAACCUACAGGAGCGGCUGUGUCCUGCUGCCGCCAUUGGAACCCCUUAGGGCAACACACAGCUGAGAAGCGUUCUCGUAAGUGGUAACAGAGAAGUAAUGGUUAUCGCUACAUUGGGACAAAAAUGAGAAUGCGAGUAAUUCUGGGAGGUUUCGGAAAAGCACCACGUGAAGUGGAACAUAGCUGAUUCAACGGUGGAGGCUUCACGGAUGGAAAACCCGGAGAGAAGGUGGCUGCUAAGGUGCCUGCUGCAGGACGAAAGGCGAAAGCCAGAGAGUGAUGUUAUUUAGGAAGCUGGGUAUCUAAUCCCAGCCCUGCCUCUGAACUUGGGGGGCCCUUCCCUUCAGCAUCCUGCCCUAGGUUCCUCGAGGUAAAACGAGGCCAGUCAGGUGGGUGAUUUCCAAGCUUUGUUCCAUUUCCAGAAGACUGUCGUAUGCAGGAGUAAAAUAAUAAAUUCUGAGCGUUUCAAGGGUCACUUGGUCAUCUGUUGCACAAAUACUUAUCCUAGAACCUGUGUGCAGUCCUGUGUUGAAAGUAGGCAAUGCCUUGUCCCUUGGCUACUAAGACCCAGCAGAGGCUCACACCUGCAGAGUGUCCUGUCACCUCCGUCUGGGCCAGGCAGCUCUGCUGAAGGAGGUGUGACAGUCUGAAGCUUACCGUAGCUGACUAAAGAUAAUUCCAUGACUUGCUCCGCACGAGCGUGCACAUGUGGGUCAUAGGCGUGUUUCAAGAACCCACCUCCUUCGAGCAAGUGUGUGGUGCCGUGGGAAGGUGAGGGACCUGAAAUCCUGGCUCGCCUGUCUACUAAGUGCCAAGAAACCCACCACGUCCAGGCUUUUGAACUUGUGAGAGUGAAGUCUCUCCAGCUGGGCCUGGCGAGCUUAUGGAGCGACUGAAGGAGACGUGCUGAGCGUGCGCAUGCCCUCGGGGUCGCUCAGCCCUGCCUGCACCCGGGGAAGCUCUACCCAGGGUCUGAGCGAACAUCGACACUAAACAAAUCUAAAGACAGAAACCGUCUCCGCCAGUCAAGAAGCCCUCAGAAGUACUUUGCCAUGGAUACAGAAGAUGAAGAAAACAUGAGUUCGAGCAGCACAGAUGUUAAGGAAAGCUGCAGUCUGGACAGCGUGCCCCCCAAGGACGGCAGUGCCCCUGGGCCUGGCGAGGGCGCCCCGCUCUCCAACGGGGGCAGCGGUGGUGCCAGCCGGAAGCGGCCCCUGGAGGAGGGCAGCAAUGGCCACGCCAAGUUCCGCCUGAAGAAGAGGAGACGGCCGCCGGGGCCCGCGCUGCCGAAGAAUGCACUGAUGCAGCUGAACGAGAUCAAGCCCGGCCUGCAGUACGCGCUGCUGUCCCAGACGGGGCCGGUGCACGCGCCCUUGUUCGUCAUGUCCGUUGAAGUUAACGGGCAGGUGUUCGAGGGCUCCGGCCCCACCAAGAAGAAGGCCAAGCUGCACGCCGCUGAGAAGGCCCUGCGGUCUUUCGUUCAGUUCCCCAACGCCUCCGAGGCUCACCUGGCCAUGGGGAGGACCCUGUCGGCCAACACGGACUUCACGUCCGACCAGGCUGACUUCCCCGACACGCUCUUCAACGGCUUUGAGACCCCAGACAGGUCGGAAAUGCCCUUCUACCUGGGCUCCAAUGGGGACGACUCCUUCAGCUCCAGCGGGGACCUCAGCUUGGCGGCGUCCCCGGCGCCCGCCAGCCUGGCGCAGCCUCCCCUCCCCGGCCCUCCGCCGUUCCCGCCACCGAGCGGGAAGAAUCCCGUGAUGAUCCUGAACGAGCUGCGGCCGGGGCUCAAGUACGACUUCCUGUCGGAGAGCGGGGAGAGCCACGCCAAGAGCUUCGUCAUGUCCGUGGUGGUGGACGGCCAGUUCUUCGAGGGCUCAGGCAGGAACAAAAAGCUCGCCAAGGCCCGGGCUGCACAGUCCGCCCUGGCGACCAUUUUUAAUUUGCACUUGGAUCAAACACCGUCUCGCCAGCCCAUCCCCAGCGAGGGCCUUCAGUUACAUUUACCGCAGGUGUUAGCCGAUGCCGUGGCCCGCCUGGUGCUGGAUAAGUUUGGGGAUCUGACGGACAACUUCUCCUCUCCUCACGCACGCAGGAAAGUUCUUGCCGGCAUCGUCAUGACAACAGGCACAGAUGUGAAAGAUGCCAAGGUGAUAAGUAUUUCCACGGGGACAAAGUGCAUCAACGGCGAGUACAUGAGUGACCGUGGCCUUGCGUUAAAUGACUGCCAUGCGGAAAUUAUAGCUCGGAGAUCCUUGCUCAGAUUUCUUUAUACACAACUUGAGCUUUUCUUAAAUAAUAAAGACGAUCAAAAAAGAUCCAUCUUUCAGAAGUCCGAGCGCGGAGGGUUUAAGCUGAAGGACAGUGUUCAGUUCCAUCUGUACAUCAGCACGUCUCCCUGUGGGGAUGCCAGGAUUUUCUCACCGCACGAGCCGAUCCUGGAAGAACCCGCGGACAGGCAUCCAAACCGCAAAGCCAGAGGACAGCUGCGGACAAAAAUAGAGUCUGGCGAAGGCACGAUUCCCGUGCGGUCCAAUGCAAGCCUGCAGACGUGGGACGGGGUGCUGCAGGGCGAGAGGCUGCUCACCAUGUCCUGCAGCGACAAGAUGGCGCGGUGGAACGUGGUGGGCGUGCAGGGGUCCCUGCUCAGCAUCUUCGUGGAGCCGAUCUACUUCUCCAGCAUCAUCCUGGGCAGCCUCUACCACGGCGACCACCUCUCCAGGGCCAUGUACCAGCGGAUCUCCAACAUAGAAGACCUGCCCCCGCUGUACACACUCAGCAAGCCCCUCCUCAGCGGCAUCAGCAAUGCGGAAGCAAGGCAGCCGGGCAAGGCACCCAACUUCAGCGUUAACUGGACGGUGGGUGAUGCGGCCAUCGAGGUCAUCAACGCCACAACAGGGAAGGACGAGCUGGGCCGUGCGUCCCGCCUGUGUAAGCACGCCUUGUACUGUCGCUGGAUGCGUGUGCACGGCAAGGUUCCCUCCAACUUACUGCGCUCCAAGAUCACCAGACCCAACAUGUACCAUGAAUCCAAACUGGUAGCAAAGGAGUACCAGGCUGCAAAGGCGUGUCUGUUCAAAGCGUUCAUCAAGGCGGGGCUGGGCGCCUGGGUGGAGAAGCCCACGGAGCAGGAUCAGUUCUCUCUCACCCCCUGACCAGGGGCGCAGGGCGGAGGCUGCCUGCGUCCGGCACUGUCUCUGGAGCCUCACGUCUGGACUGGAGGCGGGUGUGGGGACACAGGGUUGUGGGGACGCGUGGUGCUGGGCGUCCGGCGCUGUCUCCGGAGCCUCACGCCUGAGCUGGGGCGGGGGUGGGGACGCAGGGGUGUGGGGACGCGGGGUGCUGGGCGUCCGGCGCUGUCUCCGGAGCCUCACGUCUGAGUUGGGGUGGGGGUGCACUUUGGGGAGGGCAGGGAACGCGUGGGUCCAGCGUCACCACCUGGCGUCCCUCUGCAGCACCGUUACCCCUUGGAAUUACCCAGUGACUGCUUUCGAUCUCCGUUUACGUUUAGAAAUUGAGUUCUACUGAGUAGGGCUUCCUUAAGUUUAGGAAAAUAGAAAUUACUUUGUGUGAAAUUUUUGAAUAAAUAAUUUAUUCAGAGUUAGGAACGUGGUUUAUAAAAUAAUUAUAUCAAGUCACUCUUAGGCCACGUUAUUUUAAUUGCAGAAGAGCAUUUAUCUGCGGAGAAGGUGAGAAAGUAAAGGUAGGAAGGAGAAGGCUCGAGUCACAGCCGUGCUGCUGGCAGGUCCCCCAGACUGGCGGCCGCGAUCAGCUUCCCGCAGCGGCUUCUCAGAGCCCCGGAGAAGAGCUGGCAGGAGGGGCCCGGCCCUGCGCUCGCACGAGUCCCCCACGUCUCCCGGCGCAGUGACGGCGUGUGUCCGUGGACGCGCGGCCCGGAUCCCUGCAACCUUCAGCUCUGCUAGAAGCUUCUGCGCCCCUCCUAGAAUCACAUCAUGGAGACCGUGUGUUGGUUCACUUCUCAAUAAUCAGAGAUAAAACGUGGGCAGUGAUCCUGGCCGCUCAUUUGAGUUUUCAACAGUAUUUAACUUUUAGGAACUAGGAGGAAUCCGCAGGGGCCACUGCACAAAAAUCAGGCUAACAUUCCGGUCUUCCUUUCUCUGAAUCUCAUGGAUACGGAUGGCUCUCCAGACAUCGUCACAGGAAGGAAAUAGAAUAAAUUAAGUAGAUAGACUCAUUCUUAGAAAAUGCCACUGAAGGCAUAUUUUUAAAUUAUUCUUUCCAGCUUUAUCAAAGACGUGUUUGAAAGUCAGUAUUCAGGCUGGAAGCUGGUGAGGCAGCGUGCCGCGGGCAUCGUGCCCACCAGGGUCUGGACGUUGAUUGUCACGGCAGGGAGGGGGUGCUGCUGGCGUCCGGGGUGCCCAGGGACGCUGCUCCACACCCCACGGCCCCCGGGGUGGCCCCGGGCGGAGCCAGCAGACGGUCAGGAGUGAGGGCAAGGGUCCCAGGUGCACCGGGACCUGAGCUCAGAGAUUUGCACCAAUUGCCUUGUUGCUUCCACUCAGGAUCGGACAGGAGCCCGAGGAAGUGCUUCCUGCCCUGUGCUGGUUCAGGGCUCUUUUCAUGAAAGUGGUGGGGGGUGGGGGGUGUCUUGUGGAUUCUGUAGGCAGAGACGGGAGACCCCACCCCACCUUUACGGACUCUGAAAAUGCAGAACAGGAGCAGAGCGGCAACUGUCACCUCGGCCCGGACCCCACGUGCUCAGAGCAGGAGACUCGGACCAGAAGCGCUGUGCCUCCCAGUAGCAGUCCCUGGGGGCGCGGGGCUGGCGCGCUGCAGGGACCCAGGUAGGGCUCAGGCCCCCGCCGUGCAGCGGGCUGCAGUUUGGCUGAAUGGGCUGCCGCCUAUUUCCGCUGGUAGCAGGAAGGGUGCCAGCUGGUGUCACCGCCCUCCCCACGCAGGCGCUCCCACACACACGCCAUCCAUGAGCCCCUGCGUUUUUAUUCUCUCUAUAAAUGGUAUUUUUUCUAAUGGGGAUUGGGAGAUGGACUUAGUUUUUAAAAAAAAUACGUGGAUUUUGAUUAAAAGUUCAGUGGAGAUAUGUCUCACACAUACAAACACCACCCGGUUUGUCUGACCUCCUCCCUCUGUGCCCUAACGGUUGAGGUGCGCGUGGCCUCCCCGCCCCAGCUGUCCCGUGUGCCGGUCCCGUGAGUGUCCGGGCCCCGCAGGUGGGUCGGGAGGGGAGGAAGGGAGCCCCGUCCACCCGUGGGGCCCGCACAGCUCCCAGGACGGACAGCUGGAGCAGAACGGAGACCAGCACGAACUGCUCCCGGAGACACGUCAGGAGACCCAGUGCUCGGGUCCCUUCUGAGGCUGUGCGUGCUCCCUAUUUCCCCCAGGCAUCACUUUGCAUUCAGUGCCCUUAAUCAGGAUUCUAGAGACUUAGAAAAUUUGACACAACUAAGAACUUGAUUUUUUUAGAAAAAUCUUCAAUUUUGAGGACAUUUUGACCAGUGGGGGUUGGGAGGGUUCCCAUCUGUUUUGUUCGCUUAACCUAUUAAUUCCGCCAAGACACCGGCCCGCAGGCAGCUGUCCCCCUAGCGGGAGGCACAAGUUGCAGGAUGUCUCAGGCAGGGCGCGGCCACGUCAGCCCAGUGCCCGGCACCCCUCUUCCCAGGCCAGGGGCGCUGCAGAGCAGAGCUCUGCUUCUGAGUCAGCGUUUGAUUGACUCGUUUAAUCACAAACAGUGAUUUUAUUUUAAAAUAUGCAAGCCAACCUCUCACGAGGCAUUUGCUUCUCCGGAAUGUAUUUU